GCAGGUGCCGCUAGAGAGAGGACCCUGGCGUGUGUGGACUCAGUUCCUCUUCAACUCAAAAAACCUUCUUUCGUCGUUUAUUUCCGGUACUUAGCAAGAUCACUCCAUAGAGAGAUGCUGAGACAACUGCUGGUGGUGGUGCUGGUGGCAGGGAUGCUGCUUCUGCUCUCUCUGCAAGAUUUCACAAUGUCCUCCGGAGGCUACUGGCAUUUCCGGUCAGUGAUUCCUCAAGACGCUGCCAAUCAAAACAUCACUAGGGUCCAAGGAUAUGGCAGAGCGUCAAGUAAUUCUUCUUCCGCCUGGGUACCAUCUCUGGAGUUCGAGGUGAUCCGACGGAUGGUGGAGACCAACUUGCGAGGGACCUGGUAUUUCUUCGCUGACCUGCUGAAGGAAAUAUACUCCAGCACAGAUAAAAUGAAAGAAGAGGACUUCAAGUCUCGUCUGAAGGAAGGUGGUGAACGUAUAAGUGUACUUCAACACGACCUGAAGAAGCUGAGUAAGAUGGACGGGGCAGACGCCUGGAGGGAAAGAGAGCUUCAGGAGCUGAGUGAUCUGGUACAGCAUCGGCUGCACCGGCUACAGAACCCUUCUAACUGUACCGCCGCAAAGAAAUUCCUCUGCUACAUGUUCGCUUGCGGCAUGGGUUGUGAACUGCACCAUAUCAUCUUCUGCUUCAUGGCAGCCUACGGCGAUAAUCGCAUUACUAUCCCCAAUCCUGGCUGGCUGUAUACCAGAAAUGGCUGGGUGGACGUCAUCGUGCCACUCAGUGAAACAUGCACCAACUUCUCCAGGCAAAACAUGACGUCUUGGCCGGGAAGGAAUGAUUCAGAGACGAUCGUAUUUCCAGGACUCUUUGCAAAUCCCAAACCUCACCAUGUACCCUUAGCCGUCCCAAGAGAUAUUUCAGACCGCCUGAUCCAUUUGGUGGGCGACCCGGCCGCCUGGUGGGUCGGCCAGUUCAUUAAAUACGUCUUCAAGUUUCAACCUUAUAUGCAAGAGAUUUUCAAAACGGCAGAAAAGGCCGUUCAUUUCCAGCAUCCUAUUGUGGGCGUGCAGGUCAGGCGAACAGACAAGAAGCGGGAAGCGCCUUACCGUGAGUUGUCAGAGUACAUGGAGCAAGUGGAGGAAUACUUCAACGGCCUCCAGAUCCUCGACCCAAAUAUCACUCGCAGGAUCUAUCUGGCGUCCGACGAGCCCGAGGUCUACAAAGAAGCACAUGAAAAGUACCCACAAUACGAGAUUGUGUUCCAUAAGAAGACGAUUGAUGUGGUGCUGGAUGCUAAUCGCUUCACACCUACCUCACUCAGAGAUCUUCUGGUGGAUAUGUACUUCUUAGCUCGGUGUGACUACAUAGUGGUCACCUUCUCCUCCAAUAUAGGCAGACUAGCGUACGAGUGGAUGCACGCCCUCAGAUCAGACGCCUCCAGCCGGUAUUACUCAUUGGAUCACACGUUCUGGUACUUCAGCCAGCGGGAAGGCUCCGCUAAGGCUCGCUUCCACCACAAGUUUCCCGGCGGUAAAGAAGAGAGCAUUCGUCCCGGUGAUCAGCUGCAGAUACCUGUCAUAAGUGAUUACCGCAGGAAUAUGUACAUGGCUGCCGUCAAAAGGCAAAAUAAAAAUUUACUUAUGCCUGCCCAUAAAUUGCAGCAUGUUGUGGAAAUCGUUAAUAUAUCUCGUACCAAUUGGGACUAACUCUGGGACUGGAUUUUGCUAGCACCAUUUGUUCUCCGUCAGUGACCCUAAACUGGAUCAACUGUGGACUGGAUUAUUGCUGUUGAUUCUCUCUCUCUGCCCAUUCACAUAUUUGUAUUUUAGUAUUUUCGUAAACAAAUAUGCAAAAUAUAAAAAAAAUGCAAAGAUCCGUUAACAGAAUACCAAAUCCUUUGUCUUCUGUUUGAAUGUAUUGAAUACGAGAUAUUAGUAAAUAAGAAAUUCAGUUUCAUACAGCAAUAGUGUCCACUCAUACAUCAAAUGCAGUCUUAUUAUUUUACAUUUAACUGUCCAAACGACUAACAAUGACACUGUAUUUGUAGGGUGGGCGCUUAGGGUACGAUAAGUUAGGAGGCGCAUGUGUUAUAAACUCAAGCAAUCUGACCAGAGGUAAUCCUCUCUCUUCUCUCCCCUCUUUCCUCUCUCUCCUCUAUCAUGUUAUACAGUAGGGAUUGGUUCUCGCUUCAUGGAGGUCGGCGUUCAAUCCCCGACCGUCCAAGUGGUUGGGCACCAUUCCUUCCCCCCGUCCCUUCCUAAAUCCUUAUCCUGAACCCUUCCAGUGCUAUAUAGUCGUAAUGGCUUGGCGCUUUCCCUUGAUAAUUCCCUCCCUCAUCCAAUAAAAUCAGCAGAUUACGAGGUGUUACUAUUGCCCGUCUUGGACUCGGUUAUAAGUAUCCCUGGGAGUUUGCAUUACCUACUGAUGUAUACCUGAUCAAAUGUAAACUGGGUCAGCAGAAUUGUUGACACACUCACGAUAAUGUGGGAUCAUGACAAAAUGAUCCUACUAUGUGAUGGGAAGGGAAAAGGUCAAUUAUAAUUUUAGAAACAGCUCUAUGACAAAUUUCAAGAAAUGCGUAAAUAUUUCAUUAAAAUUAUCUACUAAAAAAAACAGUAUAUCUCUCUGUAACUUUUUUCAACUACCGCCUGCAGGAUGGGUAAGGGGUCCACUACCGCCUGCAGGAUGGAUAAGGGGUCCACUACCGCCUGCAGGAUGGGUAAGGGGUCCACUGCCGCCUGC